AUGUUCAAUCUACUUCGUGCCGCACGCGUCGAUGGUGCAUCUCAGCGCCUGUUUUCGACCACCGCGCGUCGCUCUCAUGAUGUUGCGAAAUUAACACUCGUUGGUCGUCUUGGCAGAGAACCCGAGACUAAGCUUACUGCUACCAACAAGGAGUACGUCACGUACGUCGUUGCGACAACGAAUUACCCGCCUCCGCCGCCAAAUCCCGAUGGCUCUCGUCCGUCUGCCAGGACCAGCUGGCAUCACGUUUACUGCUUCAUGCCUCAGAGUUUCGAGUACCUGCGGACUCUUCAAAGGGGUGCCCAUGUUUAUGUUGAAGCAAACUACGAGCUGCGUGAGCCAGAUGCCGCGGCUGAGCCUGGAUCUUUUCAAGGACAACGCCAAAUCUUCCUUCGUCAUGAGACAAUCCGCUUGUUGAGGUCCCCGAAACGUCACGACACAGAGGCAGAUGCAGAGGCAGAAUCUCCUGAAUAA